GUGGUUGGUGAUAAAUAAAAAACUUUAUGGAAAACAGAAUGGAAAGAAGUAUCGCAAAACCAUUAAUAGAUAUAUCAAUAAAGGAUGGGGUUCAAUAUAUAACUUUUAUAAGAAGAGAGAACGUGAUAGGAGACUGAGGUAA